GGAGGAGGAGGAGCAUAUACUGAUGCAGUCAGCUUGCAGCAUCCUGAUACACAUACAUAUAUAUCGCACUGAACCUACACCCUCCCUCCUUGCUGCAGAUUUCUGCGUGUGAUGUGAAGAAGAGAAACACAAGUGUUCACAGCCUUGGCACCAGUCAUCAGCCUACAGAAUUACGAUGCUGCAUUUUUCUGCUUACUUCUUGUGUUUGCUUCUUUUUCCUUAUGCUGCCUUACAAUCUACUAAAGGACCAGUAAGAUAUGGUCCAGUAUUUGAGGAACAGCCCCAGAACACACUGUUUCCAGAAGAUUCCACUGAAGAGCAAGUAACCCUCUCAUGUCGUACUCGAGCCAUUCCCCCAGCCAGCUACAGAUGGAAGCUGAAUGGCACCGAUCUGAACCUUGCUGAUAACUCUAGUUACCGGUUAUUUGGAGGGAAUCUGGCCAUCUCUAACCCUACUCAGUCCAAACAUGCAGGGACCUAUCAGUGUGUUGCCUCUAACACUUUGGGUACCGUGCUCAGCAAUGAAGCCUCACUACGAUUUGGAUACUUGCAUGAGUUUUCACCAGAAGAGAGAGAUCAAGUGAAGACAACAGUAGGACAAGGAAUUAUGUUGCCAUGUAACCCUCCACAGCAUUAUCCAGGUUUAUCCUACCGAUGGCUGUUGAACGAGUUUCCUAAUUUUUUGGCCAAUGGCAGCAGACACUUUGUGUCCCAAGUGACAGGAAAUUUGUACAUUGCACGGACAGAAGCAGAAGAUGUAGGAAAAUAUUCUUGUUUUGCCACCAGUCACAUCGCAUUUACAACCAAAAGUGUUUAUAGUAGUUUUACUCCACUUAUCGUCACUCCAGGAGCUGAGCCACGUUUGUAUGCACCAAGUAUUAAAGUACGCUUCCCAGUUGAGACAUACACCCUCGUAAGGCAAUCAGUGACAUUGGAGUGCUUUGCCUUUGGAAAUCCUGUGCCUCGUAUCCGGUGGAGAAAAGUAGAUACAUCACAGAAUCCUCAGUGGUUUUCAUCAGAUCCAGUUUUACAUAUUCAAAGUGUCAGUUUUGAUGAUGAUGGGACCUAUGAAUGUGAAGCUGAAAACUUUAAGGGGCGGGACACCCACCAAGGACGUGUGAUAGUACAAGCUCAACCAGAAUGGCUUCAGAUUAUUUCUGAUACCGAGGCAAAAAUUGGGUCUGAUCUCCUCUGGAAUUGUGCAACUUCUGGAAAGCCACGUCCCACAAUUCGCUGGCUGCGUAAUGGUAAACCAGCGGCCUCUCAGGCUCGAACAGAAGUUACCAAUGGACAGUUGAAAAUCACUAGUCUGCAUCUAAACAACUCAGGCAUUUACCAAUGUGUUGCAGGCAAUAAGCAUGGCACCAUCUAUACCAGUGCAGAGUUAACUGUGCAAGCUCUGGCCCCUGAUUUUCGUUUGUCACCAGUGAAACCUUUGAUCCCAGCCGCUCGAGGAGGUGAAAUCGCCAUACAGUGUAAUCCUCGUGCUGCUCCCACUCCAGUCAUCCUAUGGAGUAAAGGAACUGAACUUCUGCACAACAAUAGCAGAGUGACUGUAACAGCCAAUGGGACACUAAUCUUGAAAAAUAUUUCUCGUUCUGAUGAAGGAAAUUAUACCUGUUUUGCUGAAAAUAUCAUCGGAAAGUCAAACAGCACUGGAAUCCUCGGUGUAAGGGAAGCUACACGAAUCACUUUAGCUCCCUCUGGAUCUGAUAUUAAUCAAGAGGACAGCAUCAUAUUGCAGUGCCAUGCAUCCCAUGAUCCAACCAUGGAUCUUACAUUUACAUGGGAGCUGGAUGGGGUGCCCAUCGACUUUGAGAAAGAGCAAGAACAUUACCAAAGAGCUUCAGCGGAUGAAUCUGUCGGGGAUCUUCAUAUUAUUCAUGCUAAAUUAAGGCAUGCUGGAAAAUACACAUGUACAGCACAAACUGUAGUCGACCGCACAUCUGCUUCAGCUUCCCUUCUUGUGCGAGGCCCCCCCGGGCCACCAGGAGGUGUGCUUGUUAGGGAUGUGAAGGAAACAAGCGUUCAGCUGACUUGGAGCCGAGGUUUUGAUAAUCACAACCCUAUUAGUCGCUACAUGGUACAGUCGAUGGAGCCUGAAACAGAAAUCUGGAAGCCUACAAAAACAGAUCCACCCACUGUGGAGGGUAAUGCAGAAUCAGCACUUGUGGUUGGCCUUACACCAUGGACUGACUACCUUUUCCGCGUAGUGGCAAGCAAUAUUUUAGGAGUAGGGGAACUAAGUGCUCCUUCUUCUUUAGUGAGAACAAAAGAGGCUGCUCCUAAUGUGGCUCCGUCUGGCGUUAAUGGAGGAGGAGGUACACUGAAUGAGCUGACUAUUAACUGGACGCCUCUUGGCAGACAAUAUCAGAAUGGAGAUGGUUUUGGAUAUAUCAUAGCUUUUAAAAGAAAGACUGAGGACACUUGGCAAACAUUUAGAGUAUCUGGGGUGCAGUCCCAUCAGUUUGUAUACCGGAAUGAGACCAUUACAGCUUAUUUGCCCUUUGACGUCAUGAUCAAAGCUUUUAAUCGGAAGGGAGAAGGACCAUACAGUUUAGAGACCACUGUAUAUUCAGCAGAGGAUGAGCCAAACAUCUCCCCUUCCAAAGUAAAAUCUACAGCAAUAUCAUCAUCGGAUAUUGAGAUGGAAUGGAACCAUGUGUCACCUACUAAUGGUGUUUUACUGGGCUAUGAGAUUCGUUACUGGAAGGCUGGAGAUAAAGAGGCAGCUGCGGAUAGGGUGAGAUCCCCUAGUCUUGAUACUACUGCCAAAGUGAGCGGACUGAAGCCAAACACUUUGUACCAUGUGACUGUUCGCGCUUAUAACAGAGCUGGCACUGGACCACCCAGCCCAAUUGCUAAUGUCACUACCAGCAAAGCACCUCCUAAGAGACCUCCAAGUAAUAUUUCCUGGACACUUUCCCGCUCCAGCAUUACCAUCAAGUGGGAUCCAGUGAUACCAAUGAAGAAUGAGUCCUCUGUAACAGGAUAUAAGCUUCUUUAUAGGCUUGAUUCACAAUCAACUCCUACCCUGUAUGCAACCAGCAAGACAAGAGCAGAGCUUCCACUUCCUGAAGGGGCAAGCCAUGUGACAAUACAACUCUGUGCCACUGGAAAAGGUGGAGAUGGGGAACCAGCAGAAGUACACAUUCCCAAAGAUUUAGGCACCAGCAUGAUGGUAGAGAAUUCUGCUUCUACAUUCCUGACACAGGCUCAGGUGAUCAACUCUGCUGCUGUGUUGCUUCUUUUAUGUUUUGCAGUCUGACACAUCUCAUUUGUAAGACUCUUGAUGGAAAUUCUGGAUGUAAGCAAGAGCCUCUUCUCCUCCAUGAAGCUGAAACACAAAUAUCCUCAACAGCCAGAGGCAGCAAUUUUAUGUAGAUGAGGGUUAAAGAUGGGGAAUGACGCUUCUGAGAUUUGAGUGCCGUCUAGAAUAGCAAGUUGUUGGUGACUGCCAAAAGUGCAUGUUUUUCAGAUUUUAAUGUACAAGCCCAGCUUUCUUCUUCUUCACAGAUAUGAAGAGGCAUAAAAUCUCUUAUCUCUAUACUUUUUGGAUACUUUGAAGAGUGCUGGAAAACAUGACCUGUUGGAGGCCAACAAGGACUAGAACUAAGAAACACCGACCUAGAAGGAAAGCAGUUAUUGCACCAGAACUGUUUCAUAACAAUUAAAGUGCAUUUACCUUAGAAUGUUUUAGGGGAUGGGGGGUGGGGUUGGGUUGGGGCUGGAAGGGGCCAAAGAGCACUUUUUGAUGAGACACAUUGGGAAGUCAUGUCUUAUUAAGCCAUGUAUACAUGAUUUAUAAACUGCAAACAUUUUUCUUA